GAGAGCAACGUGUCUGUGUUUGACAGGUUUAAAGUUGACCCUUCUUCACCUCUUUUUAUACCAUACAAAUGGGUGAGAGAGAAGCAGCCUUUAAUAUUAACUACAAUUUCAGUGACAACACUGCUGAAGAAGAUGGAAUCAUCAUAAGAGAGCAAGAUCGAUUGCUUCCAAUAGCAAACGUGGGGAGGAUCAUGAAGCAGAUCCUUCCUUCAAAUGCCAAAAUCUCCAAAGAAGCUAAGGAAACCAUGCAAGAGUGUGUCUCCGAGUUUGUGAGCUUUGUGACUGGGGAAGCUUCUGACAAGUGUCACAAGGAGAAGCGCAAGACGGUGAAUGGUGAUGAUGUUUGCUGGGCCUUGGGAACACUAGGGUUUGAUGACUAUGCUGAUCCACUGAAAAGGUAUUUGAACAAGUACAGGGAAUUGGAUGGAGGGAGAGCAAAUCAGAAUAAGGGUAACAACAGUGGUGAUGAGAACAAUAUUGAAGGAUAUCAUAAUUGUGAAGGUAAGCCACCACCAGCCCCUGGUUCUUCUAGUAACCCAGUAGCCAUGCUCAAACUGAAUGAUAGGAGCAGUGUCCCACAGUCCAGGGGAUUUUGAAACUGUUGUUCUACUAGUUGUUUGAUUUUCUUUUCUGAUUUAAUUUUCUGCUAACCUUUGAGAUCUAUCCUUGUGUGAUGUGAGAAAUAUAUGUAUACGCGUAUACAACUUUUCUCAUAUAUUUAGUGCUGAUCUUUUUGUUCCGGGUUAAUGACACCGGAACCGCGUGUUUGAAAA